AUGUCAGGCAGACCUGCACCUGCUGUCCUGGAAGCUGCUGGAGGGACUGCUGGGUUUGCUCAGGGACCACCUCCCCAGGUGUCUCCUUCCUGUGCCAAGCACUCCCCUUCCAAGCACAUGGCCUGCCAGCAGACCAUCAACACACUGAAGGGGAGGAUCUCGGAACUGCAAUGGAAGAUGAUGGCUCAGGAGAUGUGGGUGAAGCACCUGGAGUCGGAGAAGCAGGAGCUGCAGGAGCAGCUGGACCUGAAGCACAAGUGGAAAAUGGCAGGAAGCCAGUCAGAAAAUCCAGGAACUCCAGGCCAGCCAAGAAGCGAGAGAGCAGACCAAGAGCAGCAGAUUAAGUGGCUUCUCAUCUGUAAGGCGGCUGGAGUUUUCAGGCUUAAUUCUUCAGUGCAUAUGGCUGGGAGUGUGAGCUACCUGCCAACGCCCCAGGCCAUCGAGCCCCAGGCCAUUGUGCCGCGGGCCCCAGCCCCCAGUCGAAUGCAGAUGCCACAGGGGAACCUGCUGCUGCUGUCCCACAGCCUGCAGGAGCUGCUGGCCAGGGACACCGUGCAGGUAGAGCUCAUUCCGGAGAAGAAGGGUCUCUUCCUGAAGCAUGCGGAGUAUGAGGUUUCCAGCCAGCGCUUCAAGUCCUCCGUGUACAGACGGUACAACGACUUUGUGGUCUUCCAGGAGAUGCUCCUGCACAAGUUCCCCUACCGGAUGGUGCCUGCCCUGCCACCCAAGAGGAUGCUGGGAGCUGACAGGGAGUUCAUCGAGGCCAGGAGGAGAGCUCUGAAGCGCUUUGUCAACCUGGUGGCACGGCACCCCCUGUUCUCCGAGGAUGUGGUUCUCAAGCUCUUCCUGUCCUUCAGUGGCUCGGAUGUGCAGAACAAGUUAAAGGAAUCAGCACAGUGUGUUGGGGACGAAUUCAUGAACUGUAAGCUGGCUACCAGGGCCAAGGACUUCCUCCCAGCUGACAUCCAAGCUCAGUUUGCCAUCAGCCGGGAGCUGAUCCGGAACAUCUACAACAGCUUUCACAAGCUUCAGGACAGGGCUGAGCGGAUCGCGGCGUCGAGGGCCAUUGACAACGCGGCAGGUCUUCUCAUAUUUGGGAAGGAGCUAAGUGCCAUAGGGUCUGACACGACCUUGCUGCCCUCCUGGGCCGCUCUGAACAGCAGCACGUGGGGGUCCCUGAAGUGGGCUCUGAAAGGCCUGUCUGUGGAAUUCGCGCUGCCCGAAGACAAGGCUGCACAACAGGGUAAGCAGGCGGAGAAUGACGUGGUGGAGAAGCUGAACCUCUUCUUGGAUCUGCUGCAGUCAUAUAAGGACCUGUGUGAGUGGCACGAGAAGGGUGUGCUGCACAAGCACCAGCGGGCCUUGCACAAAUACAGCCUGAUGAAGAGGCAGAUGAUGAGCGCUGCCGUGCAGAACUGCGAGCCGGAGUCCGUGGAGCAGCUGGAGUCCCGCAUUGUGGAGCAGGAGAAUGCGAUUCAGACCAUGGAGCUGCGGAACUACUUCUCCCUGUACUGCCUGCACCAGGAGACACAGCUCAUCCACGUCUACCUGCCCCUCACCUCCCAUAUCCUCCGUGCCUUCGUGAACUCCCAGAUCCAAGGGCACAAGGAGAUGAGCAAGGUGUGGAACGACCUGAGACCCAAGCUCACACAGCGCCCUGACUCCACUGCGCUUCCCGCUGCAUCCCCACCAGAGGAUGGCCUGUGUCCUCACUAGCGCGAGGCUAAGGCAGUGCUCCCUGCGGCCACACUAAAACCUCUUUCCAAA